CGCAAGUAAACAGCGAUAUCGGAUCUCCUUUACCUUUUUCACUGGAAGUAAGGACACUAGAAACAAACAGCUAAGAUGCCAGUUGAUCUGAAUGGGUAUUGGAAAAUGAUCUCCAAUGACAACUUUGAGGAGUACAUGAAAGCCCUCGGUGAGUUGUUCCAGCAUCUUUCAUGGAGUUUUGGUGUGUGGGGACUCGAAAGUGCCGAUGCUCGAGGUUACUGGCACUGCGCUCUGCGGUCAAUAUUUGCGCUCUAGGCAUCAAUCAAAACCUAAACCAGACAUUUUAGCUAACAUUACCACAAUUAAUAUAUUGACAAAUAUAGAGGACUAUAGCUCAAAAUUGGUUUAUGAGCACUGGUAGAUACUUACUGUUAAUGACACAUUGGUUGUAACUUUGAAUCCUCUCAAAUUUUUAUUUAAAAAAAAUCUUAUUUUCAAAGGAUGUCUAAAAAGAGGUCAAGAUUUACUGCGUUGGAUCCAGUUAUAGUUUGGAUCCUACUGAAUAGUGCCUACUUUUCACUUAACUUAGUUUUUUGUUUUUAAUAGAGUUAAAGGGGUUAGGAGAGAAUGAGUGAUGUUUGGGAAGCCUUACUGGUCAUCAGUAUUAAACUCUCUUUCUCUUCUUUCCAUGGGGACCCAUCCAUCACACAGAUGUAAAUGUUGCCAUUAGGAAAAUUGCCAACUUGUUGAAGACCGACAAAGACAUCAGUGUUGAUGGUGACCACAUGGUCAUCAAGACCCUCAGUACAUUUAAGAACUACAACAUGGAUUUCCACGUUGGCAAGGAGUUUGAGGAGGAUCUGUCAGGGGUGGAUGACAGAAAAUGCAUGGUGAGUCUGUUGUUGUACAUUCAAACUAAAUUUUUAUUGGGUCAAAACAUCUUCCUGGAUAUAGACUGCAUGGUAACAAGGAGUAAAUGUGAUGUCUCGGUAUGAUUUGAUCAAUCAAAUGCCCUCUCAGAUUCGAAUGGCAGUCGUUAUGUGCUUACCCACACCUGACUGAGGUAAGACUGUGAAUACAAGGGGCCUUGAGUUGACAUUGAGGGGGGAAACGGUCGUUUGCUGCUUCAGAGGGAAUCAGCUGAAUAAGGCUAAAGACGCCUGAGUGCUGGGGAACACUUAUGCCUAUAGGGCCAAGCCGAGCUGCACUAAGCUAGCCUGGUUGAGCAUCCACCAUAGUUGCUGGAACUGCUUAAAAGGACAGCGUGAAAGGAAACAUAUCCAAGCCAGCACAGUACAGUUUGGGUCGGCCUCAGUGUGAAUCAGGCUAGUCAGGAUCUCUGAGAACUGAUUAUGAUCUGCAUAUUCUUCGCCCCAAAAAGAACUGCCCUUGUAAGCUUGUAGACUUAACUGAUUAUGAUCUGCAUAUUCUUCGCCCCAAAAAGAACUGCCCUUGUAAGCUUGUAGACUUAAUCCAAGCCCAUUAUAUGCUGACUAGAUCGGGCACGUGCGUGCGUCCUUGUGUGCCAUCGUGCACAUGCUGAUUUUGUCCAUCCACACCAGACGCGAUCAGGACACCCAGGUUGAACUCUGAACCAACUAUAUUCAUUUGGGGACAGGUCGAAACACAUGAAACAUUCAUGGCCAUUUAUCUAGCUAGCUUGCUGUUGCUAGUUAAUAUGUCCUGGGAUAUAAACAUUGGGUUGUUAUUUUACUUCAAAUGCACCAGGUCAUUUUUUUCUGGAUCUUUGUAGAAUUUUGACCCAUUUUGAGUCACACAAAAACGUGUGUUCUCUACUCCGACAAUUAAUCCACAGAUAAAAGGGCAAACCUAGUUAGUUUCUAGUAAUCGCUCCUCUUUCAGGAGUAUUCUUCUUCUUCUGUGGACUUUAUAUGGCGGUUGGAAACCAACUUAAAGGUGCAUUACCACCACCAACUGGACUGGAGUGUAGACCUCAGUUCAUCUUUCAAUCACCAACGCCCAAUGAGGAGAUGGGAGAGGCGGGACUUGCAGCGUGUCAAGCUUCAAAAAUAGAACUAAGUUACACUACUGAUCAAAAGUUUUAGAACACCUACUCAUUCAAGGGUUUUUCUGAAUUUGUACUAUUUUCUAAAUUGUAGAAUAAUAGUGAAGACAUCAAAACUAUGAAAUAACACAGUAGUGGUUUCUUUGCAGCAAUUCGACCAUGAAGGCCUGAUUCACACAGUCUCAGCUGAACAGUUGAUGUGGAGAUGUGUCUGUUACUUGAACUCUGUGAAGCAUUUAUUUGGGCUGCAAUUUCUGAGGCUGGUAACUCUAAUGAACUUAUCUUCUGCAGCAGAGGUAACUCUGGGUCUUCCAUUCCUGUGGCGGUCCUCAUGAGAGCCAGUUUCAUCAUAGCGCUUGAUGUUUUUUGCGGCUGCACUUGAAGAAACUUUCUUCUGUACACCCCCCCUACCUUGUCACAACACAACUGAUUGUCUCAAAUGUAUUAAGAAGGAAAGAAAUUCCACAAAUUAACUUUUAAGAAGAUCCCCUGUUAAUUGAAAUAACUACCUCAUGAAGCUGGUUGAGAGAAUGCCAAGAGUGUGCAAAGCUGUCAUCAAGGCAAAGGGUGGCUAUUUGAAGAAUGUCAAAUAAAAAAUAUAUUUUGAUUUGUUUAACACGUUUUUGGUCACUACAUGAUUCCAUAUGUGUUAUUCCAUAGUUUUGAUGUCUUAACUAUUAUUCUACAAUGUAGAAAAUAGUAAAAAAUAAAGAAAAACUCUGGAAUGAGUAGGUGUCUAAAUUUUUGGACUAUAUAUUUUGGCACCUGGCUACGCAGACAAGCAGUUUGGAUUAAAUGAUUGAAUAACAUAUGUGUAAAUGCAUUUUGUAACACGAGCAGUGUGGUCAUCAUGUUAUCCAUCACCUUGUGCUCUGCUGCGAGUAGGCUACAAUCAGGGAAUGAAAUAACGUAAUCUGUUAUUGACCAAUGGGCCAACUAUAUAAUGUUGUACCUUACGAUUUGUGAGUCCAAUUCAUAAAGACUUUAUUAUACCUUUAUGACUAUUUAUACAGUUGACUGCUGACUUGUUUAUGCCAUGAAAGAGCUGGUGUGUAUAAUAUCUGGUCAGUAUUGUGUAUAUAUAGUCAUAAUGACUUAGCACUAGGAGAACGCUACUAGGAGAACGCUCCUGUUGGUAUGAAUAUGAACUGGCUUGGUGUAGUGUUUUGAAAAUGCUGAUGGGUAGAAUGAUUCAUAUCAAAAUGGUUGACUCUCUGUGGAGUAGCUGGUUGUGAUAACAGUACAGGCACUGACCUGUAUAUAACUGCAUUCUCAUGUUUCUCAUUUUUUUUUGGGGGGGGGGGGAUUUCUCAUUUUUCUUAUCGGUAUUGUUACCUUAUUGUGCAUUGUUGGGAAAGAGCUUGCAACUUAAGCAUUUCACUGUACUGUUUUACACCUGCUGUAUCCGUGACUUCAACAACAUGGGAAGAAGAUCUCAUUCAAGUCCUUUAGCAUAUUAUUUUCUCCAUCAUGAAACAGUAAACUCAACAAAAUGCAUAUGUUUGCUAUGCUGAGAAAAGUGUGUGUUUGUUUGCAAGCUUCUGUUUGCAUGUGUGUUCCCUGUAAGUUGUUCUACAUACACAGUGAGGGAAAAAAGUAUUUGAUCCCCUGCUGAUUUUGUACAUUUGCCCACUGACAAAGAAAUGAUCAGUCUAUAAUUGUAAUGGUAGGUUUAUUUGAACAGUGAGAGACACAAUAACAACAAACAAAUCCAGAAAAACGCAUGUCAAAAAUGUUAUGAAUUGAUUUGCAUUUUAAUGAGAGAAAUAAGUAUUUGACCCCCUCUCAAUCAGAAAGAUUUCUGGCUCCCAGGUGUCUUUUAUACAGGUAACGAGCUGAGAUUAGGAGCACACUCUUAAAGGGAGUGCUCCUAUUCUCAGUUUGUUACCUGUAUAAAAGACACCUAUCCACAGAAGUAAUCAAUCAAUCAGAUUCCAAACUCUCCACCAUGGCCAAUACCAAAGAGCUCUCCAAGGAUGUCAGGGACAAGAUUGUAGACCUACACAAGGCUGGAAUGGGCUACAAGACCAUCGCCAAGCAGCUUGGUGAGAAGGUGACAACAGUUGGUGCGAUUAUUCGCAAAUGGAAGAAACACAAAAUAACUGUCAAUCUCCCUCGGCCUGGGGCUCCAUGCAAAAUCUCACCCCGUGGAGUUGCAAUGAUCAUGAGAACGGUGAGGAAUCAGCCCAGAACUACACAGGAGGAUCUUGUCAAUGAUCUCAAGGCAGCUGGGACCAUAGUCACCAAGAAAACAAUUGGUAACACACUACGCCAUGAAGGACUGAAAUCCUGCAGCGCCCGCAAGGUCCCCCUGCUCAAGAAAGCACAUAUACAGGUCCGUCUGAAGUUUUCCAAUGAACAUCUGAAUGAUUCAGAGGAGAACUGGGUGAAAGUGUUGUGGUCAGAUGAGACCAAAAUCGAGCUCUUUGGCAUCAACUCAACUCGCCAUGUUUGGAGGAGGAGGAAUGCUGCCUAUGACCCCAAGAACACCAUCCCCACCGUCAAACAUGGAGGUGGAAACAUUAUGCUUUGGGGGUGUUUUUCUGCUAAGGGGACAGGACAACUUCACCGCAUCAAAGGGACGAUGGACGGGGCCAUGUACCGUCAAAUCUUGGGUGAGAACCUCCUUCCCUCAAACUAGGGCAUUGAAAAUGGGUCGUGGAUGGGUAUUCCAGCAUGAAAAUGACCCAAAACACACGGCCAAGGCAACAAAGGAGUGGCUCAAGAAGAAGCACAUUAAGGUCCUGGAGUGGCCUAGCCAGUCUCCAGACCUUAAUCCCAUAGAAAAUCUGUGGAGGGAGCUGAAGGUUCGAGUUGCCAAAUGUCAGCCUCGAAACCAUAAUGACUUGGAGAAGAUCUGCAAAGAGGAGUGGGACAAAAUCCCUCCUGAGAUGUGUGCAAACCUGGUGGCCAACUACAAGAAACGUCUGACCUCUGUGAUUGCCAACAAGGGUUUUGCCACCAAGUACUAAGUCAUGUUUUGCAGUAGGGUCAAAUACUUAUUUCCCUCAUUAAAAUGCAAAUCAAUUUAUAACAUUUUUUACAUGCGUUUUUCUGGAUUUUUUUACUGUUAUUCUGUCUCUCACUGUUCAAAUAAACCUACCAUUAAAAUUAUAGACUGAUCAUUGCUUUGUUAGUGGGCAAACGUACAAAAUCAGCAGGGGAUCAAAUACUUUUUUUCCCUCACUGUAUGGUCGUGCACACUCUGUGUGUGUGUGUGUAGGUGGGUCAUGUUCCUAACUGACAGUAGAAUGCAUAAUGGUGUCUCUCCUCUCUUCCCGUAGACCACUGUCUCAUGGGAGGGGGACAAGCUGGUGUGUGUUCAGAAGGGAGAGAAGGAGGGCCGAGGCUGGACCCAUUGGGUGGAGGGAAAUAUGCUUUAUUUGGUAAGAGAGUCUAUUCAUUCAUUUCAUUUGAAUGCAAGUCUACUUCCUCAGUUCCUGAUUUCACUUUUUGUCACAACAGAUCUCAGAUCAGGUGAUUUAAAACAUGUAUAUAAAAAGAUAGGCUAUAGAAAAAAAUAGCAGAGAUGAAAACUCCAGUUUUUGUUCAAAUAUAGCUGGUUUCUGGCUUUGGUAACAUCAUAAACAAGAUUUGAACAAAGCAUGAACCACUAGGGAAAAUGCUUCAUGACUAAAUUCAUAAACUUUGUGGAUAGGAUUGGAGUCUAAAGACCCUUAAUGGAAUUGGCCCCUUAUAGUGCACCCCAGGUUAACUCAUACACACAAAUAUUAGUACAUUUAUUGACCUCUACAAUGACUUCAUUACCUUGUCAUUACCGAUUUUCAUUGCUAUGAUUAUUGUAAUUAAAGCUAAAUAAAAGGCAUUUGACUGCCAAAUUAUUUAGUCAAAGUGAAUCCAACAGAUGUUCGCAAUCUGUGGCCAAUAAAUUAUUAGUUGGCAAAGCGGCUCCCUGUAGUCACUAAUCCCCGGAUUCACUGAACAGCAGUGGCCUCUGGUGGUUAGAAAUAGAACUGCAAGUACAAGUGCUUUGCCUAUGGUUAUUCUCCAUAAAGAAUGAAUCAAAGGGAUUUGUAAAAAAUCCUGUUCAAUCUCUUGAUGGAACAUCAUUUUACCUUCUGUUCUCCCUGCAGGAGCUGAGAGUUUGUGGAGUUGUGUGUAAGCAGGCUUUCCAGAAAACCUAAACCAGCACUGGAACAACAGAACGGCGCACCCGACCUGAGAGCUCAAGACAGACAUGAACAUUGCCCGAGCCUGUGACAGAGAACCCCCUAUUGCAAUCAUCCGUCUUCCCAUCCAUCCAUUCAUCCUUCCUUAUUUCCAUCCAUCCUUUUACAUUUAAUUCCAUCAAGACUGUUGCCUUGCCCCCCUCAAACUAUCCACAACAGGGGUGAUGUAACAAAAAGGAAAACAACUGUUCAUCACUGUACUGUAACUCUGUCUCAUGUUAUAUGUGUGUGUACGCAUUUGCACUGUGGUAGUUGUGGUAAGCUUUGUGAUUAGUGCCUCAAUCUCUGAUAAUGCACUGGACUGAUAACUGGGGGUGAACUUGACCAGUACGAAGGAAGGUUUCAAUGUAAAGUCAACUAAUAUUUAGGCCAAUAUUAAUUCAAACACACACAUUUUAGGAUGCAUAAAGAAAUGACAAAUCUGUAUAGAAAAGAGUGAAGUAAAGAAUACAAAUAAAUGUA